AUGCCAGUGACAUGUGGACGGUCGCCGACACUUGCGGAACACGGCGUUGGUCAAGGCAUAUGCGGGCCAGUGCGCCCAGCAUGCAAAACAAUAUCAGUGACGCCAAACAUGUGCAGUACGGGGGCCUCCUUUCCCUUCUCCGCGCCACCGUCGCAUGGAAAUUUGAUUUCUGGCUUGGGAAAUCAGCGCCACAGCGCCACGCCACCACCCGAUCUCUCAAACCAGCGUUCUGUGCAUGGACUCUCCUGUUACGGCAGGUCGCCACGUGCACUGCCCAGAUUUUGCCGGGCACAUUUUCGCGCCCUGAUAUAUUUCCUCGCUUGCGCUCCCAGCACUGUGCCGGCGUUCCGGGAAUGUUUGCCCCAUGUGCGUGUCGCAGGACGCCGCGGCUGCUGCCAGUCAGGGCGGAACGCUGGGUCCGCGUUCGCGAACCGCCAGUGGCCCCAGGCGAGGCUGUGCCGAGCAGGCUUGGCGAGCACCGCCAACUGCAGGCCGUGCGUGCGCGCGGGGUUGUGCGACCCACAGAUCGCCGACCCCAGCUUCACAGGGCACCUGGCGCAUCGCAUCCUCACGUGCCCGGCCACGGCGCCACACAGGCGGAGGAUGGCCCCCGCGUGGAUUCAAGAUUUGGUCCGCCAGCACACGGACCCCGAAGGCGUACUCUCGCUGAGCUCGGCUUAUCUUGAUCUGCUCACCAGAGGCAUCGCACCGUCUCCGGCCUCCGCGGUUGACCCGCCGCCAGAGCAGGAGACGUUCGAGUGGGUGGUCCCGCCUGGCCCGCUGGCCGCGCAGGUCAACGCUUACGUUGACGGCUCCAGAUUGGAUGGGGAAGCCGACCUGCAUGAUCUGUGCGCCCGGCAGGGAUGGGCCAUCGCUGCGUACGACGGCAGCUGGCAGCUCGUGGCAGCGGCGCAUGGCCGCACCCCGCCGCGGGCGGUCGGCAUCCACGCCACGGAGCUGUGGGGACUUCUGAUGGCCGUCCGGUCCUGUGACCCCGCUGCUUCCCUGAAGGUGGACUGUUCCGCGGUGCAGCUCGGGGCGCAGAGAGACUUGCGGUGGGCCACCGCUCCCUGCCGGAUCUUGGCCAGAGCGUGGGGGCCCAUCUCGGUCGCUCUCGAGUCGAACCCAGACUGGGUGAUGUGGAUGCCAGCUCACAACGCUGCCACGAGCUAA